ACAAACCAGCCACUUGCUACACAUCCAUCCAUCCAUCCAUUCACUUAAUAUCUAUAAAUAAGAACUACUCUUUAAAGAAAGAAAAACACUUUUCAGGAAACUGAAAAACACCAUAUGAUAUUGAUGACAGGAAGUUUACCUUCAUACUGAUAUGGAAAUUUUUUUUUUAAUCAAUUAUCUUGCUAGAGCUUUUAUUAUUAUUAUUAUUCAUUCUUUGCAAGUAGUUUAAUUUGGGUUGUUCCUUUCUCGGCAUGGGCAAGGUCUCUAAAAUAGACUUUAAAAAGAGGAAGGAAAAAAUUGCAAAAACAGCAGAAUAAAGUUCUCAGCUCGCAUUUGCGGUUCACUCUCCUGGAGUCUGUUUGCUGUCUGAAACUACAACACGUUUCCUGCAGUGAUGUCACAGAGACCGGCUCCUUCUCUUCUUCUGCUGUUUCUGCUCAUGAUUCCAGGAGUUUGUAGCCAGUGGGGUUAUUGGGGUGUGAGUUACAGUCCUUCACACAUCUGUGCACUAAAGGACUCAUCAGUGAUAAUGAACUGCACUUAUACAUACCCUACUGGACAUCAGAUCAAGAAAGUCUUCUGGACCAAAACACUGGUAAAAUAUAAUGGAGAGUUUCCAGAUCUGUCUAAUGACACAGAAUACAGUCAGAGGCUUGAGUAUCUGGGAGAUAAACAGCAGAACUGCACCAUCAGACUGAGUCAUGUGACACUGAAGGAUUCACACAUGUACUAUUUCAGAUUCAUCACUGAUAAACCUGAUGGAAAAUGGAUUGGUAAACCAGGAGUGACUCUUGCUGUCACAGAUCUUCAGGUGGAGUCUCCUGAGAGAGUGACAGAGGGAGAUUCAGUCCGUCUGACAUGUAAAAGCAGCUGCACUCUGACUGACAGAGCAACAUUCAUCUGGUACAGAAACUCACAGCCAUUAACUGAGAGAAGAGACAGAAACAAUGAACUCCUGCUGCAGUCAGUCAGAAGAGAGGAUGCAGGCAGAUAUAGCUGUGCUGUACACGGACACAAUCACAUCUCUCCUGCUGUUCAGCUCAAUGUCAUGUGUGCCCAGAUAAACGGAGGUCUUACGGGUUUGGAACAACAUGAGGAUCCUCCAAAGAGUGUCUCAGUGUCCAUCAGUCCAUCUGGUGAAAUAGUGUCAGGAGAUUCAGUGACUCUGAUCUGCAGCAGUGAUUCAAACCCUCCUGCAGAAAUCAGCUGGUUUAAAGGAAGAAAGUUUGUAGGAUCUGGAAGAAUCUACAGCAUCUCAAAGAUCAGCUCUGAUGACAGUGGAGAAUACAAGUGCAGAUCCAUCAAUGAACAUGGAGAGAAAUACUCUGAUGCUGUGACUUUAAACGUCAUGUACCCUCCAAAGAGUGUCUCUGUGUCCAUCAGUCCAUCUGGUGAAAUAGUGUCAGGAGAUUCAGUGACUCUGAUCUGCAGCAGUGAUUCAAACCCUCCUGCAGAAAUCAGCUGGUUUAAAGGAGGAACGUUUGUAGGAUCUGGAAGAAUCUACAGCAUCUCAAAGAUCAGAUCUGAUGACAGUGGAGAAUACAAGUGCAAGUCCAAAAAUCAACAUGGAGAGAAAUACUCUGAUGCUGUGACUUUAAACGUCAUGUAUCCUCCAAAGAGUGUCUCAGUGUCCAUCAGUCCAUCUGGUGAAAUAGUGUCAGGAGAUUCAGUGACUCUGAUCUGCAGCAGUGAUUCAAACCCUCCUGCAAAAAUCAUCUGGUUUAAAGGAAGAAAGUUUGCAAGAUCUGGAAGAAUCUACAACAUCUCAAAGAUCAGUUCUGAUGACAGUGGAGAAUACAAGUGCAAGGCCAGAAAUGAACAUGGAGUGAAAUACUCUGAUGCUGUGACUUUAAACGUCAUGUAUCCUCCAAAGAGUGUCUCAGUGUCCAUCAGUCCAUCUGGUGAAAUAGUGUCAGGAGAUUCAGUGACUCUGAUCUGCAGCAGUGAUUCAAAUCCUCCUGCUCUAAACUUCAGCUGGUUUAAAGGAGGAACGUUUGUAGGAUCUGGAAGAAUCUUCAACAUCUCAAAGAUCAGUUCUGAUGACAGUGGAGAAUACAAGUGCAGAUCCAGAAAUGAACAUGGAGAGAAAUACUCUGAUGCUUUGACUUUAAACGUCAUGUAUCCUCCAAAGAGUGUCUCAGUGUCCAUCAGUCCAUCUGGUGAAAUAGUGUCAGGAGAUUCAUUGACUCUGAUCUGCAGCAGUGAUUCAAACCCUCCUGCUCUGAACUUCAGCUGGUUUAAAGGAGGAACGUUUGUAGGAUCUGGAAGAAUCUACAACAUCUCAAAGAUCAGAUCUGAUGACAGUGGAGAAUACAAGUGCAGAUCCAUCAAUGAACAUGGAGAGAAAUACUCUGAUGCUGUGACUUUAAACGUCAUGUAUGCACCAAAGAGUGUCUCAGUGUCCAUCAGUCCAUCUGGUGAAAUAGUGUCAGGAGAUUCGGUGACUCUGAUCUGCAGCAGUGAUUCAAACCCUCCUGCAGAAAUCAGCUGGUUUAAAGGAGGAACGUUUGUAGGAUCUGGAAGAAUCUACAGCAUCUCAAAGAUCAGCUCUGAUGACAAUGGAGAAUACAAGUGCAGAUCCAUCAAUGAACAUGGAGAGAAAUACUCUGAUGCUGUGACUUUAAACGUCAUGUACCCUCCCAGGAAUGUCUCAGUGUUGAUAACUGGAUCUGGUGAAAUAGUGUCAGGAGAUUCAGUGACUCUGAUCUGCAGCAGUGAUUCAAACCCUCCUGCUCUGAACUUCAGCUGGUUUAAGGAGAAUGAAAGCUCAGCUGUUGGAUCUGGACAGAGUUUCAAUGCACUACAGAGUGGACGCUUCUACUGUCAGGCUCACAAUCAACAUGGAUCUCAGAGAUCAGACGCUGUAACUGUGACUGUUAAAGGACAUCUGGUGAUAUUAUACAUAUCCAUUGGAGUGGUUUGUGGACCUGCAGUGAUCAUCAUGAUGCUGGUUUGGGUAAUCAGGAGGAUGAAAAAGAGAAAUGACACACAGGAGUCUCAGAUGGUUGAUUCCAGACCUCAUCAUGACAGACACAAAGCUUGUGAUGUUGAAUUGAGUGAACCUGUGUAUGAGAAUUCAACGGCUGAUCAACUUGAUGAUUGAAAACCCGAACUGAACUCGUAUGUGUAUGUAAAUCUUCCA